AUGGCGGCCCGCGUGGGAGUCGGCCGCGUGUACGUCAAGGACGAGGGCCAGCGUUUCGGCCUCGGCAGCUUCAAGCCGCUCGGUGGAGGCCUCGUCGACCUCGCCCUGGCCGCGGCGGCGAAGGGUGAGGCGAAGCCAGUCAUUGCGACGGCGUCUGCAGGCAACCACGGGAUCGGAGUUGCGUGGGGCGCGCAGCAGGCCGGGUGCCGCUCGCUGGUGUACCUCCACGGCGGAGUCAGCGCCGGGGCGGAGGCGACGAUUCGACGGUACGGCGCCGAGACGGUGCGCGUGGAGGGCGACUACGCCGCCUCCGUCCGCGCCUGCGCUGCCGACGCGGCGGAGCACGGCUGGGAGGUUGUUCAGGACACGUCUUGGCCAGGUUACGAGGCGGUGCCAGCGCGCAUAUACCAAGGCUACACGGUGGUCGCCGAAGAGAUGCUCGAGCAGCUGCGGUCCGAGCCUUCGCCGUCGAUGCCGACGCACGUCUUGAUCAACGCCGGUGUCGGCGGCUUCGCGGCGGGCAUGUGCGCGCACCUGUGGGAGCGACUCGGCUCCGAGCGGCCUCGCUUCAUCGCGGUGGAGCCGACCGAAGCCAACUGCCUGCAGUGCUCCGCGGAGGCGGGUGCACUGACCGCCUCCCCUCACAGCGACGCUGGCACGGUACAGACCGGGCUGGACUGCACCGAGGUGGCGGAAGUGGCGUGGAGAGUCCUCGCGACCGGCGUCGACGACUUUGUCGCGGUGCCGGAUGCUGUCGUCGAGCCCGCGAUGAGGCUCCUCGCCGACGACUCGCCGGCCGUGGUGGCGGGGCACUCGGCGGUUGCCGGGAUCGGCGCCCUCCUCGCCGCCGCCGCGCAGCCGGGGCUGCAGCAAAGCCUUGGGCUCGGCCCGGACUCCGUGGUCGCUGCGGUGAUCUGUGAGGGCGCCGUCGACAGCCAGGCCUUCGAGGCCGCCGUCGGGGCGUCGCCGGAGGAGGUGCAGGCCCGGAGGUAG